AUGCCCUCCCCAGGCGUGAGCUGCAGGAACCAGGAGGAGAAGCUGCUCCAGGACCUCAUGACCAACUACAACCGGAACCUGCGCCCGGCCCUGCACGGGGACCAGAUCAUCGAUGUCACCCUCAAGCUCACCCUCACCAACCUCAUCUCCCUGAACGAGAGGGAGGAGACCCUCACCACCAACGUCUGGAUCGAGAUGCAAUGGUCCGAUUAUCGCCUGCAGUGGGACCCUAAGAACUACGACAACAUCCAGCUGCUGCGGGUGCCCUCCACCAUGGUCUGGCUGCCCGACAUUGUCCUGGAGAACAACAUCGACGGAACAUUUGAAAUCACCCUCUACACCAACGUGCUGGUGUCCCCCGAUGGCAGCAUCUACUGGCUGCCCCCUGCCAUCUACCGCAGCUCCUGCGCCAUCCACGUCACCUAUUUCCCCUUUGACUGGCAGAACUGCACCAUGGUCUUCCAGUCUCAGACCUACAGCGCCAACGAAAUCAACCUGCUGCUGACGGUGGAGGAAGGCCACACCGUGGAGUGGAUCUCCAUUGACCCUGAGGCUUUCACAGAGAACGGAGAAUGGGUCAUCAAGCACCGCCCCGCUCGGAAGAUAAUCAAUUCGGAGCACUUCACCCCAGAUGACAUCCAGUACCAGCAGGUUGUCUUCUACCUCAUCAUCCAGCGCAAGCCACUUUUCUACAUCAUCAACAUCAUCGUGCCCUGUGUUCUCAUCUCUGCCAUGGCUGUACUGGUCUACUUUCUCCCUGCCAAAGCGGGUGGGCAGAAAUGCACCGUCUCCAUCAACGUCCUCCUGGCCCAGACCGUCUUCCUCUUCCUCAUUGCCCAGAAGGUGCCUGAGACCUCCCAGGCUGUGCCUCUCAUCGGGAAGUACCUGACCUUCCUCAUGGUGGUGACGGUGGUGAUCGUGGUGAACGCUGUCAUCGUCCUCAACAUCUCACUGAGAACACCCAACACUCACUCCAUGUCCCAGAGAGUGCGCCAGGUGUGCCUGCACCUCCUGCCCCGCUACCUGGGCAUGCACAUGCCAGAGGAGACACCAGGGCCACCGCGAGCCACCCGGAGACGCAGCUCCCUGGGUCUCAUGGUGAAAGCCGACGAGUACAUGCUCUGGAAAGCCCGGACCGAGUUGCUCUUUGAGAAGCAGAAGGAGAGGGAUGGGCUGAUGAAAACCGUGCUGGAGAAGAUUGGACGUGGCCUGGAGAGCGGCAGUGCCCAGGACUUCUGCCAGAGCCUGGAGGAGGCAGGACCUGAGAUCCGUGCCUGUGUGGAUGCCUGCAACCACAUCGCCAAUGCCACGCGGGAGCAGAAUGACUUCAGCAGCGAGAGCGAAGACUGGAUCCUGGUGGGACGGGUGAUUGACCGUGUCUGCUUCUUCAUCAUGGCCUCCCUCUUCGUGUGUGGCACCAUCGGCAUCUUCCUCAUGGCUCACUUCAACCAGGCACCCGCCCUGCCCUUCCCUGGGGACCCCAAGCAGUACCUGCCACAGUGA